AUGGGUCACAAGCACUCGCAUCCGGAGAAUUAUAAUAAGAAAGAAGGUAAUAACAACAAACACAGAGCUGCUUUCUAUGUUGACAAUGAUGAUCCGAUUUUCCAACCAAACUUUGGGAUGACCGCAAACUCGAGAUUUUCAGCUCGCCCCAAAAUGCCUCCAUCGGCGCCACCAAUCGCCGUUCCUGAUAAACCUCCACCUCCUCGAUCUUCUGCACCACCGCAACCCAAUUUUGAUAAUCGUCCACCGAUUCCACCGAGAAGAUCAGAUUCUACUUUAUUGCCUCCUCCUGUUCCCUCACAUAACUCUUCAAAAACAUCUAAUGGCUUCUCUCGUCAUCCAUCAGCCACAUCAACAAAAAGUGUUCCGAAUGUGCCAUGUACACCUCGGGCCAUUUCAAAGUCCAAUUCGCAUAGUGGAUCAGUACAUUGCAUGCAUGGAGCUCCUGAUGAUAAACUUCUGGUAGUGGAAAGUCGGUUCCUUGCUCAAACUCCACAAGAGAUAAGUGUUGAAGAAGGGGAUUUGCUGUAUCUUUUAUCUCAAAGCAACAGUGAAUGGUGGUAUGUGUCAAGUAAAACACGACAGUUCAAAGGAUUCGUUCCAAAGUCCCAUGUCGUUUUUGCUGAAGUUCGAGAGCCCUGGUUCGCUGGAAACAUUUCGUCAAUAACCGCCGAACAGAGAGUAAUGCAGCCAGGACUUCCGAUUGGAACUUUUUUGAUUCGAGAAAACAUUAAAACAGGAACAUUUGUGCUGACAGUUAGAAGUUCCAGUGAGUUCAAAGCUUCUUUCAAAGAUUCAUUUUUCAAUUCAGACCACGACUCACCCAGAGCUUAUGUCAUUCAUCGAAGACCCAACAAUGAUGGAUUCGAUAUUCGAGAUAGGCAUGAUCAAGUUGUGAUCACUUUUGGAUCUCUAUUACAGUUGGUCAAUCAUUUUAGUUGUGAGAAAGUACCAGGAGAAGUACAAAUUUGCACAAGACUAACAAAAGCAGCUCCUCCAUUGACGGAGACAACUGAAUACGUUACGAUGAGGAAAUGGCAAGUUAAUAGGAGUGAAGUGAAAAGAGUUCAGGAGAUUGGACGAGGCCAGUUUGGAGAGGUGUAUCUGGCAAAAUGGAGAGGUGUUGACGUUGCUGUGAAAUCUCUGAAACCGAAUCACACAGAGCAAUUAGCCAAUAAUCAAUUCCUGGAAGAAGCAAAAACAUUGACAAAACUUGCUCAUCAAAACGUAAUUUGUCUUUUGGCCGUUUGCGCAACAGACAAGCCGUUCUUAAUAAUAACAGAAUUCAUGAAAAACGGUUCAUUACUGUCGUGGCUGCAAUCACUUGCUAAAAAGCUGCAGCCAUAUCCAUUGAUGAGUGAAGAGACCUCAAUAAAGAAUGUUUUAGUUGGAGCAAGUAUUUCUGCACAGGUGGCAUCUGGCAUGGACUACCUUGCUGCAAAUCAAAUUGUCCAUCGCGAUUUAGCAGCCCGGAAUGUUCUUGUCGGAGAAGUAUCCUCGAAUGGAGUUCCACGUGUCAAGGUGGCUGAUUUUGGACUGGCCCGAAAGUUCGACAUUGGUGAUGAAAACUAUGUUAUGAAGACGGAUAAUCUACUACCUUGGAAGUGGAUGGCACCAGAAUCAUUCGAUGAACAAAUUUUCAAUACAAAAACAGAUGUGUGGUCCUACGGAAUUCUUCUCUGGGAAAUUGGAACACUCGGAAAAACACCAUAUCGUGGAUGGGAUUCAGAAGGAACUCUGGAACAUUUGGCAAACGGAUACGUUCUCCCAAAACCCGACCUUGUUCCCGACUACGUUUACGAAGAUGCAUUCAAAAUGUGUGUUCAUUUGAACCCACAAAACAGGCCGACGUUCGAUCGGCUCUUUAAGUACUUUGAUGAUAUCAAUUUUGACAGCCUCACCGUUAGGAGAAGCACCUCUCGGCAUUAA